CAGGCUCAUCACUAGGAAAUCCAGCACUUCUGCCCGCGACUUGAAAUAGUUCGGAAAAUAUAUUAGAAUAGCCGUUAAUUAGGAACAUAUGAUAGUUAUUAAGCGUUAUAGUGGAACAUAUAAGCAUGUCGAGUGGGUCGAAGUCGACGCCGAGCGCUGCUAGCGGGGGCUCCACGUCCGCAGCUGCCGCAGCCGCUGCCUCCGUCGCCUCAGGAUCCGCCUCCUCCUCCUCCAACGUGCAGGAGUUCAAGAUCCGGGUGCCCAAGAUGCCCAAAAAGCACCAUGUGAUGAGGUUCAACGCCACGCUAAACGUCGAUUUCGCCCAGUGGCGCAAUGUGAAACUGGAGCGGGAGAACAACAUGAAGGAGUUCCGGGGCAUGGAGGAGGACCAGCCCAAGUUCGGCGCUGGAUCGGAGUACAACCGGGAUCAGCGCGAGGAGGCGCGGCGAAAGAAAUUUGGAAUUAUAGCGCGAAAGUACCGUCCGGAGGCGCAGCCUUGGAUCCUGAAGGUUGGCGGCAAGACCGGAAAGAAGUUCAAGGGCAUCCGCGAGGGCGGCGUGGGCGAGAAUGCCGCCUUUUAUGUAUUCACCCAUGCACCAGACGGCGCCAUCGAGGCCUAUCCCCUGACCGAGUGGUACAACUUCCAGCCCAUUCAACGAUACAAAUCCCUGUCGGCGGAGGAGGCCGAACAGGAAUUCGGUCGCCGCAAGAAGGUGAUGAACUACUUCUCCCUUAUGUUGCGGAAGCGUCUGCGCGGCGACGAGGAGGAGGAGCAGGAUCCAGAGGAGGCCAAGCUGAUAAAGGCAGCCACCAAAAAGUCCAAGGAGCUCAAGAUCACUGACAUGGACGAAUGGAUCGAUUCCGAGGAUGAGUCCGACUCGGAGGACGAGGAGGACAAGAAGAAGAAGGAGCAGGAGGACAGCGACGACGGAAAGUCCAAGGGCAAGGGCAAGAAGGGCGCAGACAAGAAAAAGAAGAAGCGGGAUGUGGAUGACGAGGCUUUCGAAGAGUCGGACGAUGGUGACGAGGAGGGUAGAGAAAUGGACUACGACACCAGCUCCAGUGAAGACGAACCAGAUCCGGAGGCAAAGGUGGACAAGGACAUGAAGGGAGUGGCCGAGGAGGAUGCACUGCGGAAGUUGCUUACAUCCGACGAAGAGGAGGAGGACGAGAAGAAGUCUGAUGAGUCCGACAAGGAGGACGCCGAUGGCGAGAAGAAAAAGAAGGAAAAGGGCAAGGACGAGGGAUCCAAGGACAAAAAGAAGAAGAAACCGUCCAAGGACGACAAGAAGGGCAAGUCAAACGGCAGCGGAGACUCGUCCACAGACUUCAGCUCCGACAGCACGGACUCCGAGGACGACCUCAGCAAUGGGCCGCCCAAAAAGAAGACCACCUCCAAGGACAAAGACAAGGAGAAGGAGAAGGAAAAAGAAAGCGCUGCCAGCAGCAAGGCCUCGACCAGCAGCAGCAGCAACGCCAACAAAUCGCGCUCGGCUACGCCCACGCUCUCGACGGAUGCCAGCAAGCGCAAGAUGAACAGCCUGCCCAGCGAUCUCACCGGCUCGGACACCAGCAACAGUCCCACCAGCACCCCCGCGAAGAGGCCCAAGAACGAGAUCAGCACCUCGCUGCCCUCUUCCUUCUCUGGCGGCAAAGUCGAGGACUACGGCAUUACAGAGGAGGCAGUGCGUCGCUAUCUCAAGCGAAAACCCCUUACAGCCACCGAGUUGCUUACCAAGUUCAAGAACAAGAAGACGCCGGUCUCGAGCGACCGGUUGGUCGAGACCAUGACGAAAAUCCUGAAGAAGAUAAAUCCCGUCAAGCACACCAUCCAAGGGAAAAUGUAUCUCUGGAUCAAGUAGCCUGCAGUCGUGUGAUUUUAAUAUUUUACCAUCCAAAUGCACUAUUGUUCCACUUAAUAUAUUCUCAACCAUUUGAAA